UCCAGUGCCGAAGCUACUUAUACGCUCCUCACCACAAGCCCAUCCAUACAUCGACAAGGUAAAAAAUUGUGGGGGAAACAGCUUUCAAAGAGAAAAAUACCUUUCAUACAAGACAGAAGACGCUCUCAACAGGCAACUACUGUUAGUUAUCAUGGCCCAAAGGAUGGAUGUUGUUAAGCCAAAACCCGGUGACCUAAUUGAGAUUUUUCGUGUGGGAUACCAGCACUGGGCCAUAUACGUUGGAGAUGGUUGCAUCAUCCACCUCGUCCCAGCAAGCGAGGAAGCGUGUGGUGGCUCCUACAGCAUGAUGUCUGUUUUGCAUGACAAGGCCAUUGUGAAGAUGGACAAUCUGAGGCAUGUGGUGGGGACCAGUAAGUUCAGGAUCAACAACCUUCUGGAUGAUGUAUAUGAGCCCAGGAGUGUCGGAGAAAUACUGAAGGAUGCUUGGAGUUGGGUGGGUCAGGAGCUGCCAUACUGUGUCUUCCGAGGCAACUGUGAGCAUUUUGUGACAGAGCUGAGGUACGGCAAGCCGGAGUCCCGACAGGUGGGUGUCUUAUUCAGUGCUUUCUGAGUCAAUAACACUGCUCUGUGAGUGUGUGUGUGUGUGUGUGUUUGUGCUCUGAAUGGCUUUUUUAUAAGGUCAGUGUAUAAGCUCAGUGAUAAUACAGUGAGCCAUAGUUUUGCAUCUGAUAUGAUCAAACUUCUGCCAAAUUUAAUGAAACAAUUCUUUGUGAGGCUGAAUGCCUAUUUUAAACAAGUCAAAUUCAGGGCUGGCUACAGAGGAUAUGUUUGUGAACCUCUUUCUGAU